AGUGAGGGCUGAAGCCAUCAGAUCUCCUCUCACGGCUGAUUCUCAGUGAGCUCCCAGCACUGGCGCGAGAGAAAGCGAGGGAAAGUGAGAGAAAAUAUGCAGAAGACGGCGCAAGCAUGGUUCAUGGGAGGUCCCAGCAGCAGCAGCGGUAGGGAGAAAUCCCCGGCAUCUUUGCUGGCGGAUUGGAACGCUUACGCAGCUUCCCAAGAUCCUGAUUCCUCCGCUUUGGGAUUCGAUCUCGAAGCUGCCGUCAGAACCGCCAACGACAAAGUCUCCGGCUCCUUCAACGUGGUCUCAAAGGGUGUUAGGGAUAUACCAGGGAGCUUUCAAUCUGCUACUACCAAUGUCCCUUCCGGAAAAUCUCUUAUGUACUUCUCCUUGCUUCUUGCUACUGGGAUUUUCUUUGUCUUUAUUGCCUUUGCUAUGUUCCUUCCGGUCAUGGUGCUGAUGCCUCAGAAGUUUGCUAUCUGCUUUACAAUUGGGUGUGUACUCAUUAUUGGUUCUUUCUUCGCACUCAAGGGUCCGAAGAAUCAGCUUGCUCACAUGUUCUCGAGAGAGAGGCUUCCAUUUACAUUGGGGUUCAUUGGCAGCAUGGUGGGUACUAUUUAUGUUUCCAUGGUGCUUCACAGUUAUGUUUUUUCCGUGCUCUUCUCUGUGCUACAGGUCCUUGCGCUCUCUUAUUAUGCUAUUUCAUACUUCCCUGGAGGAUCUGCUGGAAUGAAGUUUCUGUCUUCAACUCUGACCUCUUUGAUAUUGAAAUGUUUUGGAAGGUGACAGUGGUAUCAGUUUUUCUUCAUUUUUUUUUCAUUUUACUAAUUAUUCUCAUAUAUUUCUGCUUGAAAUGUCCCCAAAGACACUGUUUAGUAUCAUCCAGAAUUAUGCUAAAUUUUAUAGAAAUUUUACUUUUGUCUGUUCACCUUAUCUUGAGAGAACCAUGAGUAUUCAUCUUUGAUCCUGCAAUGUUCACAUAGAAAAUGAUUUAUAUGUA